AUGCUUUCGCUUCGGAGACCGACAACCUGCAAUCAACCCCCCCACACGAAUUCGCCUUCCUCGCCUUCCCCAUCUUUGCUCGAUGUCACGACUUCACUUUUCGCCCCCUCUGUUUCAUCUACAGUUUCAACCAUGUCGCCGAUAAUGUAUUCAGACUUCUUGUGUCCUAUCGUCCCGUCACAACGUCAACCGAAGACCACGCGUAAUGCGCCGUGGAACAUCGCGAUCACCAAAGCAGGCAAUCGCAGGCCAUCAAAAGUUCCCAGGGGUGGCAUAAUUAACUACGGCAGUGCUCUUGACGCAAAGAUGUCUAUCUCAACUGUACUCCGUCCAAUAGAAAGAGACCUUCUUGUCAAAUUCACAUCGGGGUUUGAAUCAGCCUUGAACCUCGAUUGA